CGUCUCUUUCAGUCUUUAGUAAAUUGAUCUGUUUAGGUAAAAACAACACGUUUUAUGUGUAUUUAUAAACCAGAGAUCAAUGAAGUAAAAACAACUUUUAAAUCACAUAAGCUACUUACCGAUUCUAAUAGCGAAGCCAAUCUUUGUUGAAGCUGAAAAAGGUUAAAUCACAGCACCGUUGCAAGAUGAUGCGAUUUAUGCUGUUGUUUAGUAGACAAGGAAAAGUCAGACUGCAGAAAUGGUUUAACGCAAUUGGCGACAAAGAACGUAAAAAGAUAACCCGGGAAUUGGUCAGUCUGGUGCUGUCUCGACGCCCGAAGAUGUGCAACUUUUUGGACUGGAAAGAUUACAAGGUUGUUUACAAGCGGUAUGCUUCUUUGUUCUUCUGCUGCGCAAUCGAGGAAAGUGAUAACGAACUUCUUGCUCUGGAAGUAAUCCACCGUUUCGUGGAAAUUCUUGACAAGUAUUUUGGGAGUGUGUGUGAGCUUGAUAUUAUUUUUAACUUCGAGAAAGCUUAUUUCAUCUUGGAUGAAUUCCUUCUUGCUGGUGAAAUUCAAGAGUCCUCCAAAAACAAGGUCCUACGAGCAGUGGAGAACUCUGAUGCUCUCCAGGAAGAAAACCAAGAAGCAGAAGCAACGAGGAGCAUUUUGGAAGAGUUUGGUCUCUCCUGAAUUGCUUAAAUUGACUAAAUCCUUUUAGAUGCAAUUUCUAUAUCUUUAGUUAUAAAGUGAUGCCCCCCCCUACGUUUUUUGAACUUGUUGGCACUUACACAAGCCGCUGGGACCAAGGUUUGUUUAAUGUGCUCAAUGAAUCACGCCAAUCAUGCUCACAAAUAAUGUAAAUAAUCAAAAUUUAUGUACUGUAUUUAAAUACAAUAAAUGCUCAAAGUAGA